UCUCCGAGUUCUCACCCCAUUCCGCCACCUGCAAUUACGUCCCCGCCGAUCAUCAACCUAUCCCCAUCAUCAGCAUCAUCAGCAGCCGCAGCAGGUUGAGUGAAUCGAAUGAAUGGAUCCAUCAUGGUUAAGCACUUUCAUGGUUGGAACUGGUUGUCUAGUUUUAGGGUAUCUUCUUAAACCCGGAUUACAUACAAAUUGUUUUAAGAAGUUUUUCACUAGUGCUAAAGCCACUGCAGUAAUCGAGGAGAACCAACAAAAACAUGAACAGUCAAAACCUAAAACUCCAUUGGAAAUUGAAAAGCUUGCUGAAAUUCUCGAAGACUUCAAGAUGGUAUUGGUUGUGAGAAAUGACUUGAAGAUGGGUAAGGGGAAAAUUGCAGCUCAAUGUAGUCAUGCAACUUUGGGCCUUUACAAGAAGCUUUUGCAUAGAGCACCAAAAGCUUUAAACAGGUGGGAAAUGUGUGGACAAGUAAAGGUGGUGUUGAAAACUGAGAGCGAGGAAGAAAUGUUAAUGUUACAAGGAAGUGCCAAGUCACUGAAGUUGCCAACCCAUAUUACCAUCGAUGCUGGAAGAACACAAAUUGCACCAAAUUCACGAACUGUAAUGGCUCUGCUAGGUCCGGCCGAUCUGGUAGAUGAUGUGACAGGAAGCCUAAAGUUGAUGUAGGCUAAGCGUCCAUUGUUACAUGGAUACAGCGUGUUGUGUUUUAAAGGGAGGGUUUUUCUUUUUUUGAUGAUGACGAUCACGUAACUAGAGUCCUGCUUCAUGACGUCGUUGAUAUUUUCACGAUUAAUAUUGUAAGGAUGGCAUGGCAUUUUACAGAUAUCUCUUCUAUGUCUUAUUGGUUCUAUGUAGUAUCUAGAAAAUCUUCCCUUCUCCUUAAUGAUUUCUUGAAUUUUCGCCAUUAGUGGUGAGUUGCCUUUCUUUCUACUCUGUAUGAGUUACUUCUGAUCUGGUUUUAUUUCUAACAAAGAACUGGUUUUGUUAAGUAUGAGAAUACAAUGAAGAAUCUUUUUGUAGUGAUGAAAUCAGUUUAAA